GUUUAAUAAUUUGUUACACUGUUGACAAUGGAUGAUGAGAAUGCAUUAUUGCUAUUCCAUUCUUUCACAAGGGGCAUUCCUGAAGUCUGUACUUUGGACAGACAAGUACGGUUUCAAAGUUUUCACUAGAGCCUACAGGAGUUUGUUGCUUGAAUCCCUACUGCGGACCAGAGUCUGAAACACCAUCAUGUCACAGCCACAAUACCUUCCUCCCUUGAGGCGCGUAGCAAUAUGCGGGGGCACUCAUGGGAAUGAAAUGUCAGGUGUUUAUCUAGUCAAGCACUGGCUACAGGAUCCAUCUGAGUUGCAACGCAGUACCUUUCAGGUCACACCUUUUGUGGGCAACCCCCGUGCAGUCGAGCAGUGUGUGCGCUACACUGGGAGAGAUCUUAAUCGUACGUUUGCUGCAGCUUUUCUAAAUACCAAGGCUUCAGAUUCAGACUUUCAGGAGAUUCAGCGUGCUCAGGAGAUCAACCAGAUCUUUGGACCCAAAGGCUCAUCUCAAGCCUAUGAUUUUAUGUUAGACCUACACAACACCACAGCCAACAUGGGUUGCUGCCUCUUACUGAAGAGUGAAUUUAGCCUGUUGUCCAUACACAUGUGUAACUACAUUCAGAAACACUGUACAGUGAGACACUGUCCCAUCUUAGUCUGUCAAGCAUCUGGAGAGGAGGCUAAUUUCAUGAUGUCAGUGGCUAAACAUGGGCUAGCAUUAGAGUUGGGCCCACAACCCCAGGGAGUGGCACGAGCUGACCUGCUUGCUAAGAUGAGAACGAUCGUGGCCUGCGCUUUGGACUUCAUUGAGCUUUUUAACAAAGGCACCUUGUUCCCAGCCUUUGAAAUUGAGGCAUACAUACCGGUGGAACGGAAGGACUUCCCCCGUUAUCCCAAUGGGGAGAUUUCUGCUGUAAUACAUCCAAAUCUACAGGAUAAAGAUUUCCAGCUCCUGAAGCCGGGAGAUCCAGUUUUCCAGACUUUCGAUGGAGAGGAUAUUCUGCAUGAUGGUGACGAUACUUUCUUCCCAGUCUUCAUCAAUGAAGCAGCCUACUAUGAGAAGAAAAUAGCCUUUUGGAAGACAAAAAAGGAAACAUUUGCCCAACCGGCACUGCAGAAGGCAUUUUAAGUGUGAUGAUCAAUAAUCAAAGGCAAUGGAGGUUUCUGUGUUGUGCAUAUUCUAAGAAUCCAUGAUACUGGAGAAAAUGUAUGAGGUCACUAAGAAUCCGCACCAAAGUGAUGAUAAAUAAUGAAAGAAGUUAUGCAUGGCUUAAUCCAUGUAACAAACAAAUUGUCAGCCAUAUUUUAUUUAGAAGCUUCUAGGUUGCCACAUUUUAGUGCCUGGGAAUUUGGGAGGGGGGGGAUUUCAUAGAGGAGGAAGAUUAGACUCAACAACAUUCUUCUCAUAAAGUCAAGGACAAGUUACCCUGCACCUGGAGUACUCCAGUUAGAAUGGUGGUUGAUUGGACCAUGUAAUGGACUGGUGGGUGCAGGGGAUGGAUCUUUGAAUUUCUUUUGGGGAGGGAAAACCCAGAACUCUCAGCUUCGGGUUUUCCCAGAUGCGCCAAUAUGACUUCAUUAAUAAAUUCUUAUUUGGAUGAACUUGGUUUCUGAGUGCUAAAUGAAAUGGGGAGUUUCAUUGGAACGCUGACACAAAUGAGGAUAAUCAGUUUGUUGCCUGAUGCAAUUAUCUCCCAUGCUGGGGCAAUAUAGCAUGCCCUUCUCCAAAACAAAGAUGUGCCCUUGUGAUGGAAUGUAUUGAGAAUUCCCAAGAGGGAGGAGUGCAUUUUGGAGGAAUAAGAGACAACUCAGUCCGGAUAUUUUGUGUGAGAGAAAGAGGGAAAUGACAGCUCCUCCCUAAUAGCCCUCAGAAUAUAUGGCAGAUGCAAAUAGUAGCAUGCUUAGUAUGGCAAUAUUCUGUCUAUAGGUGUGGAACCAAUAAAGAACUAAACU